CUCUGUUGAUGUGUCGUGAUUGUCCAAUUCUAAAUUAUCAAUAUAUUCCCAUUUAUGAAAUAAAAACGCCAAAUUAUAAGUUAUUAAACAUAUUUAAAUGCUACAAAAUAUAUUUAAACUCUCAAUGAUAGGUUCAUGCACAUUAGGAACAUGGAAUCAAGUAGUUCCACUUGUAACUAUGCUGAAAACGAACACCCAAGGAGCAUUGUACAUAUCGACAUAGAUUGUUUUUACGCUCAAGUGGAGAUGCUGCGCAACCCUGAACUACGUGCAGUGCCACUCGGAAUACAGCAGAAAAACAUUGUAGUGACCAGUAACUAUGAAGCUCGGAAUUACGGUGUGCAAAAGUGUAUGCUGGUUUCAGACGCUUUGAAAUCAUGUCCCAACCUUAAGCUAGUGAACGGCGAGGACUUGCACGACUACAGAGCGGCGUCCAAUAAAAUUUUUGAAUUGUUACAAUCAUGGAAAUGUCCUGUUGAAAAGUUAGGUAUGGAUGAAAAUUUUAUUGAUGUCACAAAAUUGGUAGAGGAGAAAUUAAAAUGUGUUAACAUUAAUAAUGUCACAUAUAGUGGUCACAUUUACAACGAAUAUGGCACAGAAUGUGUGUGUGGAUGUCACAUUAGACUGAAGAUAGCAUCACAAGUAGCAAAUGAAAUUCGACAGAAAAUAUAUGAUGAGUUAGGAUUCACAACAUGUGCCGGUAUUGCACACAAUAAGUUACUGGCAAAACUGGUCUGCCCAUUGCACAAGCCCAAUGAUCAGACAACCAUAUCACCAGAACAUGCUGCCGAGUUCAUGUCUACUCUGCACAGCAUCAGAUCCAUUCCAAGUAUUGGUUCCAAAACAACUGAAGCUCUAAUAUCUCAAAAAAUUAUCUCGGUGAUUGAUUUACAGCAAGCACCUUUAGAUAUAUUGAAGAGACAUUUCAGUGGUGACAUGGCAGUCAGAUUGAGAAACUUAAGUUUAGGGGAAGACAAUACUCCCGUGAAACAAACCGGCAAGCCUCAAAGUAUAGGACUAGAGGACAGCUUUAAGACUGUGAGUGUAAAGAGUGAAGUGGAAGACAAAUUCAGUGCAUUACUGCAAAGGUUACUCAUUUUGGUAAGAGAAGAUGGACGCAUUCCAGUUUCAUUAAGAGUCACAUUACGAAAGAAAGAUGCAAAAAGACUGAGCAGUCACCGGGAGUCAAGACAAUGCCAGAUCUCAGCAUCAAUUUUUACAAUUACAAAUGGAGCCCUGUCUGUAACUGAAGUAGGACAACAAAAACUAAUGACAAUUAUAAUGAGAUUAUUCAACAAGCUUAUUGACUUAUCAAAACCAUUCCAUUUGACAUUGGUAGGGCUGGCAUUUACCAAGUUUCAGGAGCGCAUGACUGGUAGGAGUUCAAUUGUAAACUAUUUGAUGAAUGACAUUUCUGUGCAGUCCGUAUUGAAUUUGCAAAAUGACUGUGAUACAUCUGCCUCUUCAAUGGAUUACUCAGCUGCAUCACCUAGUAGUAGCACCACUACAGAUUUGUCUGAUGCUGAAGUAGAACCUUCACCUAAAAAGCCUAAGAAGGUUACAUGGAUAGCUAAGAGACGAUGUCUUUCAAAAGAGGAAGUUGCAUCUCCAAGUAAAUUGAAAGUUGGUGAAUUACGGUUAAACUCAAAAGAGUUAGAAAAGGUCUCAGAACUCAGGCUGAAUUCAAGAGACAGGUCACUGACGCCUCGGGCCAGUCCUGCUAAAGAUAAUCUCUCUGAUGCAUCAGACACCAUGAAGGACAUUGCUGAAGGUGGCAACUGUGAUGAUUGUCCUAGUUAUGUGGAUAAGGAAGUAUUCAAUGCCCUCCCUGAUGAGAUGCAACAGGAACUGAAAGUAAUGUGGAAGAACCCUACUGGUUCAGGCAUGACAAGAAGUAGUCCAAGAACCACGAACAAAGCGAAACCGAACACACUCUUAAAAUAUUUUGUUCCACACAAAUAGUAUUAGUAAGAUUUUAUCUUGUUAAUUAUUUUAAGUGAUAAGUGAAUGGUUUCUAUUUUUUCAAAUCAUACAAUUUUUAUUCAGCUGAUCAAAUACAUG